AUGAGCUUGAAAGAAGUAUUCGAACAACAUCCAUGGAGGUCAUUUAAGAAGUUCAAUGAAGCUGCAAAGAGUUGGGGAUUUACUAACAGAGCUGAAGUUAAAAAGUUCUUUGACAAAAAUGUUGUACAUCAAACAAAAAUAAACCCUUACGACUACUUUUUACCAAUUUACUCCAACACUCCUGACGCAUACCAAUUUGACACUCUCAUUCAAAGCAGAAAAGGAGGACAUAAACCAUUCCUCAUCUUCAUUAAUGUUAACACUCGCAAAGCAUAUGCAUAUCCAAUGAGGAAUAAAGGAACUCGUGAAGUGUUAAGAGUUUUACAAAAGUUUGUAGCAGAACAUAGCCCAAGUACUUUAACAUCAGACCAAGACAGUGCAUACCUCAGCAAUGAAAUCACAGAUUUUCUCAUUAAGCAUAACAUAACUCACUACACUACUGAAGACCAUAACCAUAACAUACUCGGCAUCAUAAACCGCUUCAUAAGGACUCUCAGAGAUUUAAAUCAAGAGCGAGACUUUACCGAAGAAACAAUGAAAUAUUUCAUAGAAGUUUACAAUUCCUCAACACAUUCUACAACAGGACAUACACCAAAUUCAAUGACAUAA